CGAUAAAAAUGGAGGAUCAAGAAAUCAUUUAACAUUUGUUAGUUUACAGAGACAUGGUGUAGUAGAAUGGGUUCUGGAUGUAGUAGCCGCAAUGCAGUUAAUGUUCAAGAUGGGCCAAAUGGAACAAAUAUUGAGGAAAGAACCCACAAGUUCAAGAUUUGCGUAUUAGGAGAUGCCAAAGUCGGAAAAACAAGCGUGUUUCGACGCUAUUAUCGUAACCAGUUUGACUUCAGUUACCAGCCAACAGAAAGAGUUGCAAUAGAAAAUGUUGUUAAGAAGCUAAACAUCCCAGAAAAUGCUGUUGUGUCUGUUACUAUGUGGGAUCUACCUGGGGAAGAGGAUAUAGACCUGAGGAAGACUUACUACAGAGAUAUGGAUGCAGCAAUAGUUGUCGUUGACAUGACAAGAUCUGAUAACAUCAACAAUGCCGGAAAGUGGCGGAGAGAAAUUCUUGACCAUGCCAUGGUUACAAAACAGAAAGCUACAGCAGCUGAACAGGGAGAGUAUGAUGAAGAGGAGGAGGUGUAUAUAGACCAUGAUGCACCUGAAACUAUCCCUGUCCUCCUUCUUGGAAACAAAUAUGAUAUUAUUGAGGAAAAGUUGAAAAUUGAGCAAUCAAGACGUAAAGAUGAAAAUGAGGCUCAAGAAGAAAGGGAUCGACUAAUUGAUGACAUUCAAACACGCGUGGAGGAGAUGAUGAAAUCAGGAGCUAUUAAUGACACUGAAACAAUUGUCAUCCCUGAGACUAAACAGACUGAUGAUAAUGUCAUCAAUGAUGAUAAUAGGGUCAAUGAUGACAUACUAAAUGAUGAUAAGAAUGACAAUGGCAAUAAGAAUAUCAAUGAUGACAAACUAGUCAAUGAAAAACCUGUCAAUGAUGACAAAACAGUGAGUGAUGACAAGCCAGUCAAUGAUGAGAAUAUUGUCAAAGAUGAAAAAAAUCCAGUUAAUGAUGAUUCACAAAAUAAUGAGGAAGAGAGUAAAGCAUUGGUCAAAAGUGGUGAAAAACUUGAAAAAGAGACAAUCCCGACAACUACAACCACGCCAUCUAUGGAAACAGAUGAUGAGGUUUCAAUAUUUGCAGAUCUAUAUGAAGAGGGCGCCACUAUACCAGUCUGUGUGAAGCAAUUACAGAAGGUUCAAAGGGAAUCUGGUUGUGUGGGAAGUGUCAUGGUUUCCGCAAAAGUAGCCGAUGGUUCAGUCCAUGCAGCUAUACAGGCACUUGUUCGCCAUCUAUUGGAACUUAAGAUGAAUAAAAACAAGAAAUCCAAGAAAUUGAAAAAGAAAAAGAAGAAGCAGAAGAAUGUGAAAAAACGUGUGGAUUUUGAGGACUUGGAAGAGUGUGGCGUCCAAGAGAUUGAUGAUCUAUUUGAGAACUGCAAUGCAAGUGUGAGGAAAACACUAAACUACAAUAAAUUCUACCUGGCAACAUUGAAAGUGUUCAAACAACAUUGUGCUGAUGCUCAUAUUGUAUUUGACCCCAAAUGUAGCCUAGAGGACUGUAUUAUUGCUUUGAAGGAAGCUGCGGGGAAGGCUGGGGAUGAAGAUAGUUUCUAUUGUGAGGAUGAUGGUCAGUUUGUACGCUUAGUGAUAGCUGAGAUGAAACUAGCCGUUCCUGUAGAACGUGCAGUCAACUCCUUCCAUAAUGAGUUUGGAGCUCUAUGUAAAGCAAUCAUGAGGGACUGUCCCACCAUAUGCCACAACCUUGAGUCAGUAGAUCAACGGGUUGAAUCCAGAUGCAAUGAUUUCAUCAAAAACCCUGAGAAAAUACCUCCAGAAACUGAUGCGGAUAUUGUUAAUGAGGACGAUGUAAACUCUGAAAACAAAAUGCCUAGUCAGGAUCCCAACCAACCAAGUCAAAGGAAUAUGAAAAACUUUAUUGCGGCUGUUGAAAGAAAUAGGGCUAGGAUCAAAAAUGCAUUAAUUCAAACUGAGGAAAAUUCGCAGAAUGUGAAAAAUGCUUGCCAAAAAGUAAAGGCUGCUCUACUGUGGUAAAACAGAGGUUUUAUAUAGGAGCCCAUAAAGACUUCCCAUUCAUGAGAAAAUAUAUUGUGAAUUAAGUGAAUAGUGCCAGUGUUUCAUUGGGAUUUUCUCAUUUGUUUUACCUCUUCUGAAUAAGAAAUUGUCUGAUUGAAACUGAUUGAAAAUUCCAAUUUUC